AGGAGGAAUGCUGGGUUCACCACAGUCUGCUGAUCAACGUGCUCUGUGCAGCAGACAACCUGACCGAGUUUUGAUCUGUGCUGCUCUCACCUGUGAUACUUUGUUAACCCUCCGAGAAACUCAAAGCCGCGUCUCCUCGUCAGCUGCCGGCGGAUUUUCAAACUAAAGCCGUGAGUGUCCCGCGGCUGCAGCUUCAGGACCAGCGGCUGUCCAGCGGUGUGCAGAGAUGUGGCAGCGAUAGAUGAGCGGGUCACAGAGGCUGCAGAGGAGAGGACCAUGUUUUUUUCUCUGCAGGCCUGGCGAGUGUGGUCAAAGCUCUGCUGUGGUCAGAAAUGGCUGCUCCUCCUGUGCCCCCUCUUCCUCCUCCUCCUCCUCACAAUCUCUGUAAUGACGAUCACUCUACCUCUCCCCACACUGCCGGUAGACAUUGACCGCCGGUCAUCCCGUGUCCUGAGCUCUGCUGGGGAGUUCAGAUCCAGGCCCAGGGUUGUGGAGCCCCCUCCUGCCCCCAUCUUUCAGCAGCCAUCCACUCACAUCCAUAAUGAGGCCCGGAGAAGCAGCAGAGGAAAAGAGACAUCUAAACUGUCAGUGCCCCAUAUACCACGGGGCAAUGACAAAAACAGCAUCAACAGAGCGCUAGAGGAAAGUCACACAGACUUAGACAGAAGUAAACACAAAAACAAAGAGAUGGCAGGCGCCAUGCAGCACCCAGCCAGUCACCACCAUCUCCCACAGUUUACAGUCAACAACGCAGGGCCAAAGCAUAGAAUUAAGCCCAGCAACCACAAUGCUGUGGUAAAGCACAGCGCUCAGACAAACAUUCAUCUUGAAUGGGGCAAAUCCACCGCAGCAUAUAUCCCUGCUCAGGCAGAGAGACGGGCUGCAGGCAGACAGGCGGGCAGAUGGGAGGGUAAACACACAGACAGGAAUACAGACACGCGAAUGCAUGGCAGCCAUACACUUGCAAAGUUAGCUGAACAUCACCAGGCCUUGGGUAAACACAGACAAGCAACAACGCACGUGGGGAAAUCUGAUAAAAUCUAUGAGGAGCAGCAGGCUGUGAAAAAGCCCUCAAGGGAUCUCAAAAAACACCACAAUCUGUCAGAGGAUCCCCCCGCGAGGAAGAAUCCAAGGUCAUUGGACCAUAGAAAAGCUUCGUCCAAAGCUGAGGCAGCCUUAAAGGCAGAUGACAGCAGCUGGUGUCAGAGUUUUUCAGAGCAGGACUUCCCAGACAGUGACCACAGGAGGGUCAGGAUUAGUCCACAGCCUCUUCCCUGGCUCAGCCACGACGACAUCCAGAAGAUGGAGCUCCUUGCCGGGGGGGAAGUGGUCAGUAAGGCCAGGGUGCCUGGGCAUGGACAGGUUCUCCAAGUGGCUCUGGAACCGCUUGUACACCAGAAGGAGCCAUCACAGGCGAGAGACUCUCCUCAGCGUAGACACGAGCAGAGACAUCCAGAAAGCCAUAGUGACCGCUGCCAGCAGGGGCGCUGUUCCCUAAUCAAACGCACCGAUGACUGGUUUGAGGUCUUUGCCUUCCACCUGGACAGAGUGCUGGGACUCAACAGGAGUCUCCCUGCAGUGCUGAGGACUCUCCACAGUGACAUUCUACCAUAUCGCUACAUCAGGGGCAACCCCAGGCCGGUACUGUGGUGGGACCCAGAUAUUCAGCACCUCACCGAUACAGACAAUGACCAGAACUCAGUACCACUCAGCUGGGUUCAGUACCAGAAACUGCUGCUGCUGCACUGUGGGAGUGACACUGACCUGAGGUCUGCGCCCUGUGUGGGAGUCCACCACUCAGAGUGGGGAAGACUGGCUCUUUUUGACUUUUUAUUACAGGUAAACGACCGUCUGGACAGGUACUGCUGUGGUUUCACACCUGAUUCGACAGAAGUCUGCGUGGAGAACCUGCUGCACACUAAGUGUGCCAACACCAAGGAGCUGCAGCUGGUUCACAUCCUGGUGAGGAAGGCAGAUCCCUCCAGACUGGUGUUCAUAGACAACGCCGGCAGACCACAGCAGUCCACCAACAACCUCAACUUCAGGCUAGUUGAGGGCAUUGAUGAGUUUCCACAAAAAGCAGUGUCGGUGCUACAGUCCGGCUGCCUGGAGAGUCUGCUUCUACGCUCCCUUUACACGGACAGGGAAUUCUGGGACAGCCAAGGUGGGGUCAGCGGUCUCAGGCCCCUCGUCCACAUGGUGCAGCAGAGAGGGAAGAUCCUCCUCCAGCACAUCAGGGACAGAAAGCUCCAGCUAAAGAGGGACCUGUGAGCUGAGCCGACCGGACUGCAGCAGGGACUUCACACAGUCUUCGGUUUGAUGAGCUCAAGUGGAUCAAAAAAGAUCCUUCUGCAGCGAAAGAAGCAAACAUGACUCAGCACAUUGGACAAGCUGGGCUGUUAAAAGAAAUAUGGGGGGUUACAAAAAAUAUUCACCCUGAAAUUCACAUUUAAAACACAGGAGUGGUGAUAUUGUGCCAGCGGGGGCACGAUGAUACACAAUACAAGUGUAAAGGUGCAGGUUUUAGCUGUUGUGUACAAGCCAAAGAUGAGUGUAUUUUGAUAUCAGUGGUACUGAAGGACGUCACCAUUUAUCAUCUCAACCCACUGAUUUUCACUGUUUUCCUCUGGUGCUAUUUUGUUUGCUAACGUUCAUUAUCCCCUGUUAUUUCUGCCAGCAGGCUGCUGCCAGACCUCUCUCUGUGCAUCUAUAAAAGAACAGUGACAUCUA